CUCUUCCAUCUUGGUAUUGCUGUCUCGUUUCUUCCUAUAACUACUGUUUUUACUUUGCUCAUCUGAAAAGUUGUUCUUAAAAUAAGAUUAAUCUCAACUCUCACUUGCUCUUUCUGGGUUUAAUUCACUUUUUAUACUUUUUAAAAACUUCCUCUGGGUUUGAUUCUCUAUUGAAAUGAGAUACAUUUUGUUGAUAAUGGUGAAUGGUUUAUAAUCAAGUAAAGAUGAAGUGUGUGUUGAGUUAUUUUGAGAUUGAAUGUGAGAAACAUUGAGAUGGUAAAGAGAAAAUGGUUGUGGGGGAAGAAGUCUUCUGAGCGAAGUAGUGGUGAGAGUGAAAGCUCAAGUUCAAUGUCUUCACAUUCUGACAUGUUCUCUAACGAUCAGGAGACUCUAGAUGGAUCGCCAAGUAUGAUUCAGUCACAGGAGGUAGAUUCUGAAGCCGUGGAAAGUGUAAUCAACAGAGAAGAAACAGAUUCGAGGGAAGAUAGCCCUCGAAACCCGUCGGAUGUUCAGGGAAUCGAUGUCUUAGAAAAUACCUCAUUGAAUGGAAAUGUGUGUAAAAUUUCAGUAAAUGAAAAUACUCGAGGACUAUCAGAUACCACUUUGGAGAAGAGAUCAAAAGAUUGCCUUCCAGUUGAAAAUAAGUCUCUCAUUAACGUGGAGGAAACUCAAGGAGUAAAAGACGCAGUUCAAGUAAACCAUGAUAAAGACGAUGAUGAUUGUCUCAAGCUUUUGACCGAAAAACUCUCUGCUGCUCUUGUGACUGUCAAUCUUAAAGAUGAUCUUGUCAAGCAACAUUCUAAAGUUGCCGAGGAAGCUGUCGCAGGAUGGGAGAAAGCUGAAAAUGAAGCAGCUGUUCUGAAGCAACAACUUGAAGAUGAAGUGCAGAAGAGGUCUACCCUGGAAGGCCGGGUAAGCCAUCUCGAUGAAGCUCUGAGAGAGUGUGUCAGGCAGCUGAGACUUGCAAAGGAUGAGCAAGAACGGAAAAUAAAUCAAGCCGUGGCUGAGAAAACUGCCGAAUUGGAAAUUGUCAAAACGAGGCUUGAGGACCAGUUUGUUGAGCUUCAGGCUACGAUAGAGACUUCGAGAAUGAAUACUCCCGAUCUUAACCUCCAACAUAAAGUUGACUCGUUAGAGAAAGAAAAUAUAGAACUUAGACAGGAGUUUCAAUAUUUAUCGGAAGAACUCGAGGUACGGACCAUUGAGAGGGAUCUGAGCACUAAAGCUGCGGAAACAGCUAGCAAGCAACAUUUAGAGAGCAUAAAAAAGGUGGCUAGGCUUGAGGCUGAGUGUAGAAAGCUAAAAUCACUUUCACGAGUUUCUUCAUCGAGCGAUGAGCGCAAGUCCAAUGCUGCUGCUGCCUCAUUUGCCGAUACACUAAGCGACAACCCAUCAGAUAGUUGUUACGUAGUAAGUGUUUCGGAAUGUGAUAGCCGUAAGAUAAACGGUUCAUGGGCUUCAGCCUUAAUGGCGGAGCUCGAUCAGUUCAAGCAUGAGAAAAUGGUUGCAAAAACCCAUCAUGUACCCUCUACGGACAUCAAUCUUAUGGACGAUUUCCUAGAAAUGGAGCGGCUUGUUGCCUUGCCUGAUAACGGUCCUCAGGUUCAAUCUGUUAGUUGUGCUGAAUGCCCUGAAAAGGCAGCACAUGAGGUAGAAAACAGGUUAAGAAUGGAGCUUCAAUCAAUGUUGUGUCGAACGUCUGAACUUGAGGAAACUAUACGCAAAGUGGAAGCCGAGAAGACUGAAUUGUCAAUGACAUUGGCGCAAGCUCGAAGUUGUUUGGAGGAAUCACAAGUACAGUUAAUAGAAACCCAAAUGAAGCUGGAUCAAUUCGAGAGAGAGCUACAAGGGGCGAAUGAAGGGGAGAAGUUUUACAAGAGUCUGUUCGUACAAUAUGAGACGGAAACUAACUUGAUGUUGUCUCAGAUAAAUUUUCUGCGUGCUGAAGUAGAAAGAGAACAAGCAUUAUCCGGGGAAAAAUCUGCAAGGUGUGAGGAAUUAGCGAGCGAGCUUAAAAAGAAGGAAGAAGAAAUGAAAAUUCAGCAAAAUGCAUUGUUGAGUGAUGAACUCAAAAUGAAGGAAUUGGCUUUGGAUGAAACUCGGGAUUGCUUGGAAAAGUCAGAGGCUCAGCUGCAGCAGGCUGUAGUGAAGGUCAAGGAGCUUGAGAAGGAGCUACAAGAUGUUAAUGAAGAGAAGAAAAUCUUGAAUGCCGAACUUGAAAGUAUGCGAGAAGAAGUUCAAAAACGGUCCUUUCAGAUUGAAUCGUUGACCGAGCAGGUGCAGAAGGAACAAGCUUUGGUUGCGGAACUUUCCACUAAAACUAAAGAAAUGGAUUAUGAAUUGGAGAGAAAGACCCUUGAGCUUGAUGCUCAGAUAAGAGCGAACUCUAAUAACGAGUUGAAGAUAAAGCAGGAAGAUCUUGCCAUCGCAGCUACAAAACUCGCUGAUUGUCAGCAAACAAUCGCAUCUCUAGGAAGCCAGCUAAAGUCUCUAGCAACAUUGGAAGAUUUUCUUAUCGACACUGCAAGUAUUCCGGGGUUUACCCAAUCCACACCGUUGAUGGCUAGGCUUAAUGAGGAGCCAUGGAAGCUUCAUUCAAAUGGUACAUAUCUGUCCGAGAAAGACUACGAACCGUUGGGUAAUGCUCAGGAAGACAUGAUACUAAUUGCGGGUCACAAUCGACAGGAUACAAGAGGGUCCCCAGCAUCAUCAUCAUCGUCCUCGUCUGCUUUCUUCUUAGAUUACCCGGGUAUUGAGAAAAAUAGGAAUGGAUUUGCACAUUAUUUUUCUCUUAGCAGAAGUUAAUUAGGGAAAUUUUGAAUGCACAAAUGUAACAUGAUUUGUUAUUCUGCCUUCGAGAGAAUAGGUAGUGUAGUUUAUGCAAAUAGUUUUGGAAGUGACAGUUGAAAAUGAGAACAAAGUUUAACAUGAUGCUAGACAUAUAAUACAAGUGAAUUAUUAGUUAUAACUUA